GUGUGGCUUGCGGCUGCGGGCUGGGGCCGAAAAAAAUUUCGAAAUUGCUUCAGUGAUGUUGAACACCGCGUGUCUCUGGCUGGUGCAUGGGUGAAGUGACAAGUGUUUGAUUCACACGUUUCAGGAUAGAAAAAAAAAACAAUUUUUGAAAAUUGUUAGUGGCAAAAUCUAACAAUAAAAUGUCUAUACAAUUAGGUCAGUUAUGUUCAGUAAUACUAGAGCAACAUUUUGGUAUUAAUGUACAAAAAAUAGGAAAUGAAUUGUACACAGGAGCCAAAUCACUGAAAGAACUUAUAAAAUCAACAUCUUUAUCAAAGAAUGAAGUUUCUCGGGCCCUUGCAGUGUUAUUAAAAUUCCGGUUGGCCACGUAUGAGAUUGUUAAAAACAAAGGCUUUUCCGAAUACUCACUCAAUAUAGACCAUAUUCUUUUGAUUCUCCGGUAUCCCAGAUACAUUUACUAUAUGCAAUCUAAAUAUGGGCACACAACCGCCCUCCUGGUUGAAGAGCUUCUUCGUACAGGUUGUGAAACUGCUACAUAUUUAAUCUCAAAGUCUGUUUUGAAUUCAGAAAGUAGAGAGAGGAAUACUGUCAUCGAGCAUCGAGAUAAAUUUAUUGAAUUGAUUCAAGGAAACUUUUUCAUAAGAGCUAUUUUGGGAGAGCACAAUGAUGAAUUAGCAGAAGCUGUACGAAAUGAUCCAACAUUGCUUUUCCAGAAGCCCGAAAUCGAUGCGCAUGAGUUGAUAAGUCUUCAGGAAGGAAAAACAUUGGUAACUACAAAAGAUGCUGGUUUUUAUUGGCAUGUGAAUUUUGAAAAAUUCCACCAACAUUUUCGCGAUGCUAUUCUUUACCAAGCGAUUGAGCGGAAAAUCAAUUCAAAUGCAGGUGAAUGCUUUAAAUAUUUUCUCCAAUCGAUGUAUCUCCGGACUGAUCCAUGGAAACCAACAUCAAAUCCUAUUCCUUUUGGAGAAAUUAGAAGUUUAUGUGAAGAGCAGUCCAAUAAUUUGGAACUUAUAAGAUAUUUGGAGCAAUAUAUUGCAAUUAUCUUAGAUGAUCCACUAACAAUGCUAACAAAAUACUCCGACACAGGCGGUGGGCAAUAUAUUGUGCAGAUGAAAAAGGUAUUUGAGCAUUUAGCAUGGAUAUGUAUCGAAAAUACUAUCAUGGAGAAAUUUGGAGCAAAAGCUGCAAGGAUUUUUCGUGUAGUAAGAAUGAAAAAGUAUAUAGAGCAAGAGGAUAUCCAAAAAGAGGCAAUGAUUCCCUCAAAAGAAGCCAAACAACUAACGUACAAAUUGUUGGAAGAGCAUUUUCUGCAAAUACACACGAUACGUAAGGCCGGUAGUAGUGGUACUGGUCCAGCGAAAUGUUUCAUUCUUUUCUAUGUCAACCAAUAUCAGAUUGUAAUACUACUGAUGGAAAUGUGCUACAAAGCUCUGUUUAAUGGAAUCACGCGAUCAAGUUACGAUUCAUCUGUCAAUCGAAGAUUGAUCGAUAAAUCUCAAAGACUAGAAAGUGUGAUUGAAGCCAUGAAAGAGAGGGGCGAGUCAGAGGAAUACAUUAUGGAAAUUCUUGAAACACUUACACCUCCCGAAAGAGAAAUUCUGGAAAAGGUGAAGAUAAGAAUAAAAAAUCUUUACAGUGCUGAAAUUGGACUUGAUGAAACGCUCUUCCUUUUUCAAAUGUACCAAUACUAUCAAUUGAAUAAAGUGUAGAAAUUUAAAAUUCUGUCACCAA